GAAAUAGACUCGAAAGGACAAAGUAUCGAGAUCGCGAGAGUCUCGGGUAGCGAAUCAAUGAAAUUAGCGACACUAGAUCGCUCGGUGCAUACGUACGUGACUGCAUCAAUUCGCAUCUGUUUUCGAAGCGGAAAUCGGAAUGAUAAUGAGAUUGUAAUUGUACGUCAAAAAUGAUUCAUGUGCGAAGAUUGUGCAGAGUGAGGCUGGUGGAAGGAAACAAAACGCAAGACGGAAAAAUCUUAGCCACGCUCGCAUCGUCUCGUUUCUCACAAGCCGCUGCGGUCUCAUCGAAGGCCAGGGACGCGAUCGUCGCGAGUGCACGUGUACUCGGAGCUUCUCAAAGCUAACACAGCUCGUCGUAGCGCACCGUUCGCAUUCGGGGCGCCGGAUAGCAUAAAUUCCUGCUUAUUUUUUAUGCGCUUUUCCCUAACUCGAUCAGCGUUAGAGAAACGGAUUUUUUAAAUCUCCGAACGUGUGGGAGUGGCGAGGAAAUUUCUACACUGCGAAGAGAGUGAAAGGAAACGAUUCUUUAUCUACGUUAAGUACUGAAUUAAUUGACGGCUUAAGCCUUCCGAUAAAACUGGAUGAGAGUGUGCUUUUUCUUCGGAGGAAUUUGAUAAAUAAAUCAUUACCGGGAGUUUUUAUAACGAUCUUUCUUUACAACGAUUCGAGUUAUGAAUUCAUCAUAAUUGUAGACACUCGUGACUUGCGACGUGUUAUCAAAAAUAUAUUGUCGUCAACGUUCUCUCAGAAAUGUAGAACGAUAUUCGAUAAAGUGUUGCGAAUCGAGACUCGCGAUCGUGUCUCAAUUUUCCAACGACCCUUUUAUCUAUCAAAAUAUUUGAGUCAUGCAUGCAAAUACGGUUGUGAGGUUACGUCACGAGGAUAAAAAUGACAGGCAACCUAACCUCUAUCCAAACAAUUCUCAAUUUUAUUUCGACGUCAAUCAGUCGUCGACCAGUAUCUAAUCCGAUAAUAUUUUCAAUAGCGAGUGUGAUCAACAGGUUGAAUGAUCGAAUUGGGGCAUUACGGUUAUACGACGGAAUUCGACUCGACGGAACUCCUGAAUUAUCCAACUUUUUUAUUGACUCCAAGAAUCUUAAGAUUUUUUUAACCAUUUUUCUCUCCUUUUUCGAAUUCAAACAUUUCCUCGGUCUUCUGAUAUUCCGAAAUGAAAUUCAAAGAUAUUGUCAGUCUGUGAGAAUAAUUCGAAUGCAGCUGAACUUGCUUUUCUGGUUUUCCCUUUCACCGAGCGAUUGACGAGCCUUUUUUAUCUUUUAAUUAGUUCGAUACCAGAUAUAAAAUACUUCAUAUACGGGUAAUUUUAUACCGUGAAUAUAAAUAGCCGUAUCCACAGAAUGGGAUACGUGCAUAGAUUUACCAUUCGCACUAUGAAUAUCUUUACUGUUUCGCUGAUGUAUGGAAGUUGCGUUGCAACGAUCGGCUCGUACAAAAUAAACUGAAUAUUUCGAUAAACAAAAUAAGUUUGCAAUAUUUCAAAAUAUGUCGGGCGUCGACGAUAGUUUUAGUUGGAAAUGACGAUUUUUCAAAAUGUCAACGACCUCUGAAAGCUGAUUCGCUCGAUUUGUGACUCAAUGUUACAAAAAUCAGCAAUUCCAUCGGAUCAAAUUUCAUCAGAUGCGAAUGAAAAAAUGUUGAAAAAAAUGGAUUUUUUUGGAAAAAGUGAAAAUAUCGAAAAUUUUGAAUUUUUAUCGAUCUUUUGGACAUUAAAAGUGUGAAAACGAGCUCCGGUUUGUCUCAAAUACCCACCAAAUUGUAACUCGCGAUGAGUGACAGGCGUUCGAGACGUUUUCAGAGGAAAAGCGUGUGUGCUAUCGAUUUUGCAUAAACCUGUAAGUGCCAUGCUUUUGGAGCCACGUGGUCGCGGCGGUAUGAGCUCGCGAGAGUAAAAAGUGGGGGGCGAUCGGUUGGCGAGAAGGCUCGAGCUCGUUCACGUAUAGUUCCUUCGUCGUUGCCGUCGUCGUCAUACACGUUUUUCGUUCGCGUAUAAAUGCGAGUGAGCGUCAAUCGAAAAAGCCACUCCCUGUAACGCGAGCGUCGAGUACACACACGCGCGCCCCCUCCCCUUCGCGCUUGCACACUCUGGAGGCACAAAAGUACGAGAAAUUAAGAAUUACGCGGACGAAGACGAGCCGACGAUAAAAAAGAACAAAACUCACUCAACGGCAAUUGAUCGCGCAAAAACAACGAAAGAAUAACGAAGUGAAAAAGUUGAGUGCGAAUGACUGAAUAAAUAACGACGAUGAUUCUCGCAAUUUGUUUUACAACGAUUGUGUGAAUUUCGGAACUUGAAAAAACCUUCAAACUGUCAAACGAUCGUCGCGACUCUUUAGAACUUCAUCGAAUAAAGUGAACCGCCGAGAUUUGUGCAAAGAUUUGGCCUCCAAAAAUCGCUUGAAGUGUGAUAAACCGAAAUGAAAAAAUAGGCAAAAGUUUCUCGAAAUUGUUUCGUCGAUAGUGAAAACCUUCAUUUCGAUAAUAAACAGUGAAAAUAACGAGACGAACGUGACUUUGGAAACGUCGAGUCGAUGUGUUCGUUCAUACCUUUGAUGACAGACAUUUUUCGAUGAUUUUUACGAUUAUUCGUGAAUGUUGUACCGCAACGAUAGCCUUGACAGUAGCCAGAGAAUAAUCGACAAAAAAAUUAACAGUGAAAACCAAAACAAAAGUGGUGUUUAUAACGUUCGGACGGGGAGAAAGUUUGAAAGUUUUCUGGCUGACCGUUGUGUUGUUGCGGCGCUGCCUCGAGAGAAUCUCCAGCGACUCUGAGCCAUACAAAGUAUGAACAAAUAUACCGGUGUGUUUACGAAACAAAAUCGAGCGCUAAAAGCAGAAAUAAGUGUUGCGUGAAUUUUAAAACAUUUAUUUAAUCAUUCUCGCUCUGUUUUCGAUGAAAUAAAAAGAAAAAUACGAAAUUUCGUGUUGAACGAGGACACAAGCGUUCCGGUGAAAAAUGGGUAUAGUUUCGUCGACUUUCGCCUCACUGGCGAUACGAUUUGCCUGGAAUUGUCAGAGGUUCCUCGACCCGCAGUACAGAUACAUCGAAGCAACCGACACGAAAACAACAGAAAGCAAAAUGGUCGCCGUAGCCGGCCGCACGAAAAUGCCUGCCGAAGGCAGCGACCGCAGCGACAAAGGUGGCGGCGCUGCGUUCGCAUCAGCAGCGACACCCUCGACGACGAGGCUAACCAGUCUCGAGCACCAUCAAACGGCCUCGGCAAAUUGCCUCCCGACUGAGAACAACAAUUCUCUCCAUCAAGAGAAUCGGCACAGGCGGGCGACCCAACACAGAUACAGGAAGCGACCGUCCAGCUUCGACGUAUCGUUAAUCAUACGAAAUAAAAAUAAACCGUACUACACGACGACCUCGGGCCUCGUCACGACCUCGACACCGAGCACUCUCAUGAGACAACCCGCACCCUCCUGGCAAUCGACUUCCACUUCCGGUAGCUCUGCCGAUUCGUCGGACGACAGUGAAAUCGAAUUCAUGUACGCUUCGCGAACUGCGGCGGCAACGACGACGGCGGUUGGUCCGAGCAACGAGCGAGCCGAAGAAAAAUCAACAAACGUGAGUCGCGACGCGUCCGUGAAUAAUGAAAAAUCGAAAAAUUCCACGGACACGGAAUGCGUCGAUCCGGAGGGAAAUCCGCUGCGGGAGUUCGUGCUGACCGCCGCCGAGGAAGCAGCUUUCCGAAUGACCAUCGGUCGCGGCCAUUUUUCUCGUUCUAAAAAGGACAGAUUCCUGAAUAAUCUGCGGUUGGAGAAACGGCUUAAUGGACUUAACAAAGAAUUUUUCGAAUUGGCUUGUCGCGCGCACACGCGAUCUCUCCGAAGACGUCAUUCCGGAGAUUUGCGUAGAAUAGUUUAAGCGAGCCCCCCCCCCCCCCCCCCCCAUUUUCCGAUCCAACAAAUAACGAAGCGUCGUUUUGUAGAAAAAAAAAACCAACAACCAAAUAUCGUAUAUUUUUUCAUACACCAAUUUUUUUUGUGAAUCGCGAUGUUGAUGAGACAAAAAACUAGAAAAAAAGUGACAAAGAAAAACAAUGACGAAAACGAAACAGAAAUUUCAAGACUGACAUCGUAUUUUUACGUCGAUUCAUAUAUGUUUUUAAGAAGCUUCAUUUAUUCGAGACGAACCUCGCUUAAUUCGAACAUGAAUUUUUAUCGAAAAAUUUGAAGUUGACUGUAUCACUGUUGUCAUCGCAUUGAAACUCGUGUAUUUUGAUAAUUCGAGGACAAUCCAGCGUGUUAUUUAAUAUUCUUCAUUUUGUGAUAUAUGAUAAUGUGUAUUAUUUAAAUAGUACGAACGAUUUAAUUCUGUUUCUUCCAUGGUCAAAUACCGAAUUAACAAAAUGUUGACACGUCAUGAAAAAGUGCCAUUAGUAGGUUAUAAGUGUAAAGAAAAAAACUGACUCGUUCGCUCCUUAUGCGAGGGAAUGAAAGUGUGUUGUGCCUAAGGUUGGUAAGGAGGAGAAUCCGAGGAUUUUCUUUCCGAUCAUGUCCGUCCGUGGCGCUAGCGUCGCCUGAGAGUGGCAGCACGAGAGAACGCAGCGACAAAAGCAAACAGAAGAGACCGCUGCAGCUCAGUGCAGCAUCGGAAUUCGUACGAAUUUUUGUUGUUGUUGCGGAGAAAGGCAGAACGUUAUUUUCCACCUACGUACGAUCCUGAAGGAGAUAAACAUUUAUAAAACUUAUUUUCAACAAUAACAUUAACAAUAAAAUGUAUAUUCGUCAAAA